GCGUUGACUACUCUUGCAUUUACUCUCGUGUACAACCGUUACUUUAUUCCUUCUCUUUUCUUCACCAACCUUACCUUUGACCGGCAACUCGAUUGACUCUCUGUCUCCCAAGUGAGAUAUACGAGUCGUUAGAGAAGUCUCAAACUGUGCAGCUGGCUGCAUUUUCAGAAUCAUCCAGCCGCUCCAUAGCAUCCAGACAGAAUGCGUUCCUUUGGUCCGUGGGCGCUGAGCCUUCUAGGAGCUGCUGCGGCGGUUUCUGCUGCGGAUUCUCAGUCCGAAACACCAUCCGACGUCAUUUCGUUGACCAAGGAGACCUUCAAUGACUUCCUGGUGGAGCAUGAUCUAGUUCUUGCAGAGUUUUUCGCGCCCUGGUGUGGUCACUGCAAAGCUCUAGCGCCUCAAUACGAAGAAGCGGCUACCGAAUUGAAGGCCAAAAACAUCGCCUUGGUUAAGGUUGACUGCACUGCGGAGGAAGAUGUUUGUAGGGAGCAAGAAGUGACAGGUUACCCUACCCUUAAGGUCUUCCGCGGCCCUGAUAAUGUGAAACCCUACCAAGGAGCGCGAAAAACAGAAGCGAUUGUCUCGUACAUGGUGAAACAAUCGCUUCCUGCGGUUUCUACUGUGACUGAAGAAACCCUUGAGGACUUCAAGACCAUGGAUAAGAUCGUUAUUGUCGGCUACUUUGCUGAGGAUGAUAAGGAAUCGUCUGAAGCUUACACGGCCUUUGCUGAGAGCCAGAGGGAUAACUAUCUGUUUGCUUCCACCAAUGACGCUGCGGUUGCUAGCGCUGAAAAUGUGAAGCAGCCUUCCAUUGUGCUCUACAAAGACUUUGAUGAGAAAAAAGCUAUCUAUGAUGGGUCGCUCGACUCUGAAGCCCUGCUCAGCUGGGUGAAGACCGCCAGCACUCCCCUCGUGGGUGAGGUUGGGCCUGAGACUUACUCUGGGUACAUCGCGGCCGGCAUCCCCCUGGCUUACAUAUUCGCCGAAACCCAGGAAGAGCGCGCUAAAUUCGCCGAGGAGUUCAAACCCAUUGCAGAGAAGCACAGGGGCGCUAUCAACAUAGCCACAAUUGACGCCAAGGCUUUUGGUGCCCAUGCCGGAAACCUCAACCUUGACCCCAAGACGUUCCCUGCCUUUGCCAUCCAGGAUCCCGCGAAGAACGCGAAGUACCCGUAUGACCAGACCAAGGAACUUUCGGCUAAGGAUGUCAGCAAGUUCAUUCAAGAUGUCCUAGAGGGCAAGGUUGAACCCAGCAUCAAGUCUGAACCCGUGCCUGAAACUCAAGAGGGCCCUGUCACAGUCGUCGUGGCCCACUCAUACAAGGAUCUUGUGAUCGAGAACGACAAGGAUGUCCUUCUUGAAUUCUACGCACCAUGGUGUGGACAUUGCAAGGCUCUUGCCCCCAAAUAUGAUGAAUUGGCCGAGUUGUAUGCCAAGAGCAAAGAUUUCGCAUCUAAGGUCACUAUUGCAAAGAUCGACGCGACGGCCAACGAUGUCCCUGACUCUAUUACCGGUUUUCCGACCAUCAAAUUAUUCCCUGCAGGCGCCAAAGACGCACCUGUUGAAUAUUCGGGUUCUCGUACCGUGGAGGAUCUCGCAAAUUUCGUUAAAGAGAACGGCAAAUACGGUGUCGAUGCUUUCGCCGCUCAGGCCGAGGAGGCCGAAGAAGUUGCCGAAGAUGCCACUGAGACCGCCAGCGACGCUGAGCCCUCUGCUGAAAAGCCUGAGCAUGACGAGCUUUGAAUUUCUACUUGUUGGUUAGGGUGAUUCACUCCAAGUAUCAUGAACUGUAUCCUACUGCUUGUAAUGAUUGACUAAGCUUUUGUGCAACUCUACUGCCAUCUGCGUGCCUCUGUCCUAUGUUGUAGCUAGAAUCAAGCGAAUGCCCUGAACGACCACCCAUUGCAGGCACCAAUAAUAGUAUUGGCAGCAAGGAGGUCGAUAUCUAGGUUGCCAAUUGCAUACACUCCAGUUGAA